AAUCGCGAAUGUAUGUACAUAUCACAUAACCAACGUCGCUGACCUCGACCCCCGACCGAUAAUGUUUAUAAAUAUUGGAAUUUGACAUAUGUUACAUGCACCAGCGGCAACUUCGUCAGAACCUCACAAGAACCUACCUGUCUUCGGUGACGUACGCGCGAUGCACUUCAAAGCUAUGCCGUUAAUGUGAUAGAUCGUCGCCAAAGAAAAUCGGACGUCGAAGAAGAAAAAAUGACAACUGGCCAGAGUGGACACGAUCAUUCUCUCGCUAUCAGACAGGAAAUACAACGUUUUGAGAGCGUUCAUCCGUCGAUAUAUGCCAUUUACGAUCUGAUUGAGCUCGUGCCCGACGCGCAUAUUGCUAAGCAAAUUCGCGAGCAUGUUGUGGCGAUAGAGGAUUCCUUCGUUAACAGCCAUGAAUGGACAUUGGCGAGGGAUGUCCCUGAAUUGCACUUGGGAAUCAUUGGUUCCUCAGAUUCAGGGAAGUCUGCUCUCGUUCACAGGUAUCUCACUGGUUCAUUCAUGCACGAGGAAUCACCAGAAGGUGGUCGUUUUAAGAAAGAAAUCUUUAUAAAUGAUCAAAGUUACCUUCUCUUGAUUAGAGAUGAGGGUGGGGUGCCAGAGGCUCAAUUUUCAGCUUGGAUAGACGCUUUAUUACUUGUAUUCAGCUUAGAAAAUGAAGAGAGUUUCUCUAUAGUUUGCAGUUUUUACAAUAGAAUGUGUUCUUUUCGGAAUAUGUCAGAAGUACCAAAAAUACUUGUAGGUGUACAAGAUUCAAUUAAUGACAGCAAUCCUCGUGUCAUAAAAGAUGUCAGACCACGGAAACUGGCUUGUGAUUUAAGAUGCCCUUAUUAUGAGACAUGUGCUAUUUAUGGUUUAAAUGUUGAGAGAGUAUUUCAAGAUGUGUGUCAAAAAAUAAUACAGAACAUAUCGGUGAAGAAUUUUUCAUGCGACGUGUGCCAACAUGCUACAGAGAAUGACGUUAAAUUUGCAGUCCCUGCUAUUACUAAAAAUAUGCAAUCUCAUAACAAAGAUACAGAAACUACGAAUUCCUUGAAAGUUUCAGAAAAAGAUGGAAAUGAGGAUUGCAGAUCCAUUCAUAAUAGUUCAAACGACUCGUCACUGCUGAACGAUAAUUUUCAUAACGUACAGAAUCAACAUGGAGAACUGCGUUCGUCAAUUUUAACACCAACAACCAUCAGAAAAUUUAGAAGAAAAUCGAAUAUAUUUACACCUUCUAAAAAGGAGAAGUACAUGGGCGAAAUGGGUGUUGGUAGAGAAAUACCAGUGAAACAAGGUUAUUUGUUCAAACGAAGCAGCAAGUCGUUGAAAGAGUGGAAGAAGAAAUAUGUCACGUUAUUAGAGGAUGGUCGUUUGACGUAUCAUUCGAGCCUACAUGAUUACAUGAACGAUACUAAUGGCAAAGAAAUACUUUUGCAAUACGUUACUGUGAAGGUACCUGGUAAAACGCCAAAAGGUUCUAAGUCGUACAAUGCUCAAGAUAGUUUUGAAUUUUCUAUCAUCUCUUUGGAGAACAAAACUUGGCAUUUCGAGGCAAACAAUGCCGAGGAGAGGGACAGCUGGAUUGCUGCGAUAGAACAGCAAAUACUAUCAAGCUUGCAAAAUAGCGAUGGCGACAAGAAAAAUGAAACUGACGCUUUCAAAAUGCACUGCAUAAAGAACAAAGUUUCGGGGAAUGAUGCAUGCGUUGACUGUGGUACACCGAAUCCUGAUUGGGCCAGCCUUAAUCUAGGCGUUUUAGUGUGCAUCGAAUGCUCCGGUAUUCAUAGAAACUUAGGUUCGCACAUAUCUAAGGUACGAUCCUUGGAUUUGGACGACUGGUCCGCAGGUCACCUAAGCGUCAUGCUGGCUCUCGGCAACGAUAUAGCCAACAGUAUUUGGGAAUAUUGUUUAAACGGAAAACAAAAACCUGUCUCGGAUUCGUCUAGGGAAGAGAAGGAGCAGUGGAUCAGAUGGAAGUAUGAGGAUAAACUCUUUCUGCCGCCGAUCAAUCCGAAUAUCUCUUUAGGAAAAUUGCUCAUCGAUUCGGUUUGCCGAGGCGACAUGAGAGCGUUUACGUUAUGUUUGGCGCGCUGUAAUUACGAGGACAUCAAUAUUUCAGUCAGCACGGAGGAUCUACGAACGCCGUUACAUUUGGCCUGCGCAACCGGGAAUUUGGCAAUGGCGCAACUUUUAAUAUGGCAUAAAGCGAAUCCGCAGAAUCUGGAUCAUGAAGGACGGACGUGCAUGUCGUACGUACGAGCGCUGGAAAGAACGCUUGACAAUUCGUCGGACUCAAUGGAAAUGCAAAAGCUACUCGAAGUACUGGAACAAGCCAGCGUCUCCGGGAUGGAUGACGUCGACACAUCUCAGUAUUAAAGUUCAAAAAAAUAUGCCUUAAUCACCCUGCCUGCAUUUUCCGUAGUACGUUGUUGAUAACUGUGUACUUAUUAUAAAAAAAACCAAUGCUUCGUUUAGCGAUUUACGAGAAAGAAAAAAAAAGCUUUUAAAUGAUAUUUAUUCCAGACAACCGCACAUUGAAAGAAAUCGAAUUGUAAUAUUGAUUAAUUCGAGUAGAGCGUUAAUUUUAUAUCAUGUAAAAAAAAGUUUUUAUCACGUGUGACACUCAUUUUAAUAUCAAUUACGAAAUUCAUCUCGAAUUGAAUGAGGAAUUUUAAAUGCAAUAUACUCUUGUACAUUAAUUAAUAAUUCUUUAAAAAAAAAAAAAUAUAUAUAUAUAUAUAUAUAUAUAUAUAUAUAUAUAUAUACAUACACACAUCGCAAUACAAUAAUUUAAUAAGAUUUGUGUCGAUCACGGAGAAAUGACUAAUAGCAUGCUCGAGUGUAUAUUGUCAAUGACUGAGAGUACAAACACUCAUAAAUGUAGUUAUAUUUAUACAUCUAAUACAUGUAACUGUAUUUGAAGAUUUAUGAGAUUGCUUUUAUAUAUAUAUAACUUUUUAUUUUAUUAAUUAUUAAUUAAAUGUUCGAUUACAUCACGUAUCCUAUAUGUCCUAUUUAUUAAAAAUUACACCAAUUCUGAAAUUUUUAUUCAUUUUUUGAAAUUCAGGAAUGUAUCUUAUAGUUUCCUAAACUUCACCAUUCUGGAUAUUGCGUUUAUACUAUAAACCAUUUCCUCUUGUACGUUUUCAUUAUCUGAAAAAAAUAUAUAAAAUAAAGUUAGUAGAAUUAAAUUUUAUUAUAUAGCACAAUUUCUUAUUUUUUAUCGAUUUGAUAUUUUUGAAUUUGUUGUUUGCUUUACCAGAAGUAGAAUAUAUAUUUGUUGGAAAAAUAGGAAUUUUGCUGUAAUAAUAGGUUGUAGUCGUUAGCUCUGAUGCGGCAGAAUGAGACAAAACAGAAGCUUUCAAUACAGAGGGAUUCCUGAAAUAAGAUACGCAGUGUGUUUUAUAGUAUUUACUACAGUUUUGUAUUAUUUCACACGCAAAUAAAAUUUUUUUUUGAAAAUUA